AUGGCUGGCCUUCCCGUCGCUCCGGCCCAAGACAGCUCGAUCAGGUGGUCAUCUCGAUCCCGUCUGUCCGUCAACCUCCGAGCGGAAGCCAUGGCGCGCGCCCUCAUCCUCGUGCCGCUCCUGGCGCUGGCCGCGGCCGUGACCCCCGAGGAGCUCGAGUCCUACUUCUAUUCGCCUUCGGGGCUGGACCUGAGUCGGGCUGAUGCUCACAGCCUGGCGGAGAAAGAGGCGAGCAUUCUGACCCAGUGCCGCGUCUCCAUCACCGACCUGAAGGCCCUCCAGACGGUCCUCUACAGCCCCUCCGUGCUGGACUACAGCAAGGGGGAUCUCCAGAAGCAGCUGCUCCCACUGGCGGAGCAGCACGUGAGCCCCGAUGACCUGAAGACGAUGUACGCGCUGCUCUACUCGGUGAGCUCGCUGGAUCUGUCCCGGCCCGUUGCCAAGGAGAACACACUUGCUCUGGUGAAGCGCUUCGCUGAGCAGUCGCAGGUCAAGGAGCUGUAUGGCGUCCUGCAGAAGCUCGUCUCCAAGGCAGACGCUCAGAAGUGGACGCUCGUCUUGGCACAGGAUGGGUGCGACCCGACCGCCCUCAAGAACUCUUAUGCCGCCUCGAAAGACUGGACGUCGGCGUCGACGUCCUGCCUGCGCGCAAACCUCAACGGGGAGGCCAAGCGUUAUGCGAAGAACGGGCAGGCCUACAGCGCCGCCGAGUUCGAGCAGUACUACGGCGACACGUACCUCGAUGAGUGGCGGGCAGCGCCCGUGGAGAAGCGCGUGGCCAACGAUGGCAGCGCCUACACCGCCAGCCAGUUUCGCACGUUCUACACCUCCAGCUGGGAGCAGAAGUGGAGCGCGGCCUCCCCGGCCACGCAGCAGCGCAUCGCCGCGGACGGCAAGACCUACAGCAUCGCGGAGUUCCUGUCGUACUACAAGGACGAGUGGCAGGCUCGCUGGGAGGAGGCGCCCGAGGUGCCAUGCAAGGAGUGCGGCUCGCAGCAGCUCGUCGUCUGA